GAAGCAGCCCCAUUCUAUAAAGCCCUGCUGUACCAGUGUCUUCUAUAGACCGUCACUUCUGCGUGCAUCCUUUUCUGAUACCGCAUCAUCCUGUCGUAGAUCUUCAUCAAUACCUAUCAGUACCAUCAUAUCACACGACUCUCGCACCAAUGGGUGAUUCGACCGUGAGCAAGUGGUCUGCAGGAGUAGGCUACGGCCCAGUUCUCUCCCAGACUGAUCUUUAUCUGCUCAAUACUGAGCUGCAGCUACACCCUAUCAUGGGUGGUGUAAACCAUGGCUUCCACCUCAUGUUCAACCUCGUCACUGGUUCUACUGGUGGCUUCAAUCCAAAUGACCGGGAUCGUGAUAUCCCAUUUUCUGCCAAAGACGAACCUGCAACGCUUCCCCGUGUUCAAGAUCUCAUCAUCAUUACCGAGUCCAGCCCGUGGUGCACGGUAGUACACAAUGAGCGUGGCGUUACUAUGGGUGAUGUCUGCAGCACGAUUUGGAAGGAGUACACAGAGAAUUAUGUGACUGAAGGAGAAUUUAACGUUCUCCCUCCAAGAUUGCAGGAACAGGUCAAGAGGGCUGCUACGCACAACAAUGCCUCUGGUGCAGCUUGGAACAUGUAUUACAAUACCCCUGCACCAAAUCGGUACAAGCGGGUUGAUUGGCUUCGAGACAAGUACUACUUUGAUGGUUUGUCAAAGAAGGACAACUACUCGAUUCAGCGUCUCGGUUUCAAGGCUCCCAAUAUUUUUGUACUAAACCUCACCUCGUGAUGGCCUCGGACCGUCAUGCUUCCCACAGUACUCUAUGAUGUAUCAUAUGUUGCAUACUCUAUGAACCCUUGUCAUACGUGACGAAGGCCUUACCCCUGCACUACGCACCAUUGAGCCGUGAACGUAUGAUCAGGCGAUUUUCGUCAGAGCUAUCCUGAACGAAAUCGACUUAUUGAUCUGAUGAUCAAGUUGGAGUUUUACCUCCGUGAUCAUCGUCGUGAUCGGAUUUACACUCAUUUCAG